UUGGAUGAUCUGCAUGUUUUGAACAGAGCCAUAUAAGUGCCCUGAUCUUAGAUGGGGUGAUUCAAUAAGAUGUAAGGUUUUAGGGUUUCCGGAUCACAUUUGCAUCAACGUUUCGGAUAUGGGCUUUUAACAAAGUUUCCUGGUGCAUAAACGAGUGCAAAAACAAAUUUAAGCUCCAUAAACAUGUUAAAGAAGAGACAAAAGCCAUAGAAUUCGUUGAUCUCCAUAUAUAUUCAAUGGAACUGUCGGCGAAUGUACUUUCUAUUGAAAUUAUCCCAUUAAAAUCCAUGACGACGUGGAUAGAAUUGACAAGAUGCUGCGAUCCCAUGGUGGAAAGGAAAGGACCAGCACUCUGAGUAACAUCCCUGUCUUUCCGCACAGUUUUUUGUCCAGAGCAGAGCCCUAGUUGGGUACCCUUGAAUGUCAUUUCCAUAUCAGAGUAUUCACCUGGGAAGGAUUUAUUUUUAUGCCUGAGAGAUCAAGAAGUGUCUGCAGAGCCUAUCAGAAGAAAACUAAGAUGUCCAAGAAAAUUGUGUUGAAAGUUACCCUUGAUGGGGAGAAGGGCAAGCGGAAGGUCAUGAAGACUGUUGCAGGGACAGAAGGUGUUGAUUCUUUGGCAAUUGAUACCAAGGAGGAGAAAAUCACAGUCAUAGGAGAUGCAGACCCAGUUAUGCUUACCAACAAACUCAGAAAGUUUGGAUGGACAGAAUUGUUGAGUUUUGGGCCUGCAAAAGAGCCAGAGAAGAAGCCUGAAGAGAAGAAAACUGAAGAGAAGAAACCUGAAGAGAAGAAGGCUGAUGAUAAGAAGGAUGAGAAAAAGGAUGAGAAGAAAGAUGAAAAGAAAGAGGAGAAGAAGACUGAGCCAGCAAAGGCAAACCCAGAGCAAAAUAUAACAUGUGUGUAUGUCCCAAAUAGCUGUGACCGUUGCAGUGGGUAUACAUUUGCCUGGAGCCAUGAGAAUCCCAAUGCCUGUUGUAUCUCAUGAAUUUUGGCUCCUGUUUUUAUUAGGAUAAUCUGCAUGGUUUGAACAGAACCAUAUAAGUGCCCUUAUCUUAGAUGGGGUGAUUCAAUAAGAUGUAAGGUUUUAGGAUUUCUGGAUCACAUUUGCCUUGAGCCAUGAGAAUCCCAAUGCCUGUUGUAUCUUGUGAAUUUGGCUGCUGUUGUUAUUAGGAUAAUCUGCAUGUUUUGAACAGAGCCAUAUAGCCCUGAUCUUAGAUGGGGUGACUCAAUAAGAUGUAAGGUUUUAGGAUUUCAGGAUCACGUUUGCAGCCUGUUAAUGAAAUUUUACUGCAUCCAUGUAUCCAAAUUGUCUUGCUCUGUUACAAGGGAAGAAGGCAAAGCUCCAAAACAACAAAGAAUGUACCAGUUGUUUACUUU